AAAAAAAAAAAUAGAAAAGGAAAGAGAAUCCUCUUCCCUCCAGCCUCUUCCCUCAUUUUGCAGAACCCUAAUUUCAUUCUAUGCUUCUCCUUUCCAAAUCUCUAAGGGUUUAGUGGAGAUUCCUCCCUUCCUUCCCUCUAAUGGGUGCCGUCGCCAUCAAUCGCAAGCGCACGGAGGAUUCCUUGAACUUCAAUCAACCAUCCCCAUCCCAAGCUUCGAACAAGAAACGCAGAUUCUCCUUCGGAAUCAUCUCUCCAGACUCUAACAAGCCGUCUUCGUCCACAGUCUCGAGGAUCUCGAGGUAUCCCGAUGCGAAAGCUCCUCUCCGACGAGAGAUUCACGCCCCCAGCCGAGCCAGCCUCAGAUACGGUUUACCCAAGCCCAAGCCCAAGCCCAAGCCCAACGAUUACUCCUUCGACGACGCCAAGAGGAGAGCUUUCGAUGCGUUGAGCUUCUUUACGAAGGAUGAAGAGGUUAUCGAUUUGGGCGAUGAAGAAGAAGAGCCUAAGAUUGAGAUUGGAAAGGAAGCAGUUUCUGAAGAUUCAAGCGUCGAAGUUGUUGAUUGUGAUAUUGAUGAGAAGGAGGAGAUCGUUGAGCCUCCUUCAAGUUCGAUGCUUGAUUCAUUGUCUUUAGUUAGGCGAGAGGCUACAGAUGCUGCUUCGAGUCUCGAAGCCUAUAAGAAGCUUUUGCAGAGCGCUGAGAGGAGGAACUCAAAGUUGGAAGCUUUGGGGUUUGAGAUUUUGUUCAAUGAGAAGAGGUUGUCGCAGCUUCGUCAGUCUCGUCCUAAGCCUGUGGAGAAGCCUCUCAAGAAGGUGCCUGACGAACCGUUUAUACCUCUCACAAAGGAGGAGAAGGCUGAAGUCUACAACGCAUUUUCUGGGAAAAAUAGAAGGAAAGUCUUGGUUACUCAUGCGAAUUCAAACAUUGAUAUUACUGGUCAAGUUCUACAAUGUCUUACACCAUCUGCAUGGUUAAACGACGAGGUUAUCAAUGUCUAUCUCGAACUUCUCAAAGAAAGAGAAACUAGAGAGCCCAAAAAGUAUUUUAAGUGUCAUUUCUUCAAUACCUUUUUCUACAAAAAGCUGGUUAGCGACUCUGGUUAUAACUAUAAAGCUGUUAGGAGAUGGACUACGCAGAGAAAGUUGGGAUAUGCUCUUAUUGACUGCGACAUGAUAUUUGUUCCCAUCCACAGGAGUGUGCAUUGGACCUUGGCAGUUAUUAACAACAGGGAUCGCAAGUUCUUGUAUCUCGAUUCACUAAAUGGAGUUGAUUCCAAGAUUUUGAAUGCUCUGGCAAAGUAUUUGGGCGAUGAAGCUAAGGAAAAAAGUGGGAAAGACAUUGAUGUUAGUUCGUGGGACAUGGAAUUUGUUGAAGACCUUCCCCAACAACAAAAUGGGUAUGACUGUGGAAUGUUUAUGCUCAAGUACAUCGACUUUUUCAGUAGAGGUCUGGGGAUAUAUUUCAGCCAGGAACAUAUGCCAUACUUCCGGCUAAGAACGGCUAAAGAGAUUCUGAGACUACGUGCUGACUGAAGUUGCUUUGGGCGCUUUUAUGCAUGUCAAAUUUUAGGAGUGCUGUUUUACUCCGUUGUUGAUUUGUUCAAGCUUUUUAAAAUUUUAUACUCCUUUUAGGCAGUGAAAGUGAAGCAUUCAGCUUCAGAAGCAGAGGAAAACACUGAGCCAAGUCACAAAGUUCUUAGUCUUUUUUUUCUCCUUUUGUUGAAAUUGUAGAUGAAGCUGAUAAAAUGAAACCUUAGUUGUUGUAAUGAACUGCUCCAUUUUUUUUACUCUCUAUGCUCAGUCACUGACGUCCA